AAGGAUGCACUUAGAAAAUGUGACCAAGGAAACGGUCCUUAUUACAGGAGGAGGUGGUUACUUUGGUUUCCGUUUAGGUUGUGCCCUAUACAAAAAGGGAGUUGAUGUGAUUCUCUUUGAUGUCCUGAAGCCGGUCCAAGCUGUGCCAGAGGGAGUGAAGUUCAUACAGGGGGAUGUCUGCUGUCUCUCUGAAGUGGAAAAAGCUCUCAGAGAUGUAAUCUGUGUAUUCCAUAUUGCUUCCUAUGGAAUGUCUGGCAGGGAGCAGCUGAACCGAAAACUUAUAGAAGACGUUAAUGUGAGAGGAACAGAAAAUAUCAUCCAGGCUUGCAGGAAAGCAGGAGUGCCAAGUCUGGUUUAUACAAGUACAUACAAUGUAGUCUUUGGGGGCCAAGUUAUAGAAAAUGGGGAUGAAUCUCUGCCUUAUCUACCACUUCACCUUCAUCCUGAUCACUACUCCUGGACCAAGUCUUUAGCUGAGAUGAAAGUGCUGCAGGCAAAUGACACUGAGCUUGGAGAAGGGAAAGGUGUGUUAAGGACCUGUGCUCUCCGACCAGCAGGCAUCUAUGGGCCCGGAGAGCAAAGGCAUCUUCCAAGAAUAGUUAGCUACGUUGAAAGGGGAUUGUUUAAAUUUGUAUAUGGAGACCCUCUGAGUUUAGUAGAAUUUGUCCAUGUAGAUAAUCUAGUUCAGGCUCAUAUCCUUGCUUCAGAGGCACUCAAAGCCGCCAAACGGCACAUAGCUGCUGGCCAAGCUUACUUCAUUUCAGAUGGCAGGCCAAUAAACAACUUUGAAUUUUUCCGACCUUUAGUUGAAGGCUUGGGUUACCAAUUCCCAACCAUUCGUCUUCCUCUCUCCUUUGUAUAUUUUUCUGCAUUCCUAACUGAAAUAGUCCAUUUUCUUGUAGGCCGUCUUUAUAAUUUUCAGCCUCUUCUCACUCGCACCGAGGUUUACAAAACGGGCGUCACACAUUAUUUCAGCAUGGAAAAGGCCAGGAAGGAGCUAGGGUACAAACCUGAGCAGUUUAGUCUGACCGAAGUAGUUGAGUGGUUUAAAUCCCAGGGACACGGAAGAAAGCUCAGAAUCUAUACUAUAAAACAUCUGAUUAGGGAUGGAGGGUUGAUCUUGCUGUUGGCCGCCGUGGUGCUCUCAUGGCUUCCAGCAGCAGUAACACUCUCUGUUUGAAAGAUGUUGAACAUUGAGCUUGGGCUCUUUUUAUAGGGUGAUAAAAUAUACAAAGAAAAUUAAAAUAAAAUUAGAUCUCACUGUGUUCUCUUAAAAAAGUGCAUACAUUAUCAGUGAUGAAAAUAACUUUGCCAGUUUCAAAUGUUUUGUCAUUCCAGAACAAUGUAAUAAUACAUACCAGAAUAUUUUAGCAUUGGUAGGAAAUACAUUUGUUUUAUGUCUGCUGAAGGGACUAUUGAGUUGAAAUGGAUUAACAGUAUUGAUGUGUUUGUUAUGACAAAAUUAUGUGUAUAUAUUUAUAAUAUAAUCCACUGUACAUUAAAGUGAGGCUGUACAUUGAAAUAAUGGCAUUGCAGGUUUCCACAUAACUCUCAGUGCUUCCAUAUCAAAUGAGAGGUUUUCUUUUUAACUGAGCCUCUUACAUUCUCAACCGUCACGCUGAAUGUUAAGCUU